AUGCUCUCCUUGCUUACCCUUGCCUCGAUCGCCUCGCUCGCCACCGCCGCCAACGUCAACGAGUUCAAGUCGUGGUUGACCACCGUCGACUCCGAGGUGUUUGUCACCGCCGAGGCGACCAAGAUGGUGUCGUUCCUCUACGACUUGGGCAUGCUCGAAGCCUCGGAAACCUCGGGUUACGCCCUGGUGUACUCGAAGGUGUACGAGUCGUUCUCGGGGGUGGUGCCGGUAUCGGCCACCCAGGACAUCGAGGACAUGUACGCCUCGGCCACCGACGCCGCCACCGACGCCGCCACUGACGCUGCCACUGACGCUACUACGUUGCAAUCGAAGUCGUCGGCGUCGGAAACUACCAAGCUGGCCGACCCGGAAGUGCCCGUGCAACUGGCCAACGGCGGCCACCGCGUCGCCGUCCCCGUGGCGUGCAUGGCCGCUGCCGGCGUCGCCAUGUUGUGA